AAGCCAAGUGUUUUGCUUAGCAUAAGUGUUAAUAAUUAUACGAGAAACGCGCGAAGAAUUAUGGCUUCGGACACAUCGUUUUGCUCGUCGGCGGCAGAUUCGACGCGUAGAAGAUCGACGUUUUAUGUGCCAUUGACAACAAGCCAAUCGUCGUCAUCUGGAGGCGCUGAGAGCAAAGACGGCAACAUAGGACAAGAUUUUACUGCAGAAAAGCGGGCAAAGCGGUCAGCAACCGGAACCUCUGUUACAGAUGACGUCAAGCAUGUUUCUAUGGAGAGCAUUUACCAUCCGGAUCUCAGUGUGUGCAGCUUCGCUUGGAGUUUAGAUGAUUCGAGUCACGACAAUUUGGAACCGGUGGCUGCUGGUAGCAGCGAUCACGAGAACAAACUAAAACGGUACGGUGUGGUUCUAAACGCAAGUGUUAACAUAGAUGACGAUGAAACAAAGUGCCAUCAACAGCAGACGACGUCGCGUAAUCUGCAAUCCAACACAUCCACCCCGAUUCGGUUGGGGCAAUCGCGAAGCCGCAGUAAUAUAUUAUCCUCCAACCUCCAACCGAGUGAUAGUGGGGUCACAAUAGAACCCGCCACAAACCGUAGUGGUGUCAUCUAUGGUGUGAUAAAGAGAGAGCAAGUGGCAAACAAUCCGGUUCUGACAGCAAAGGAUAAAUCGAAAACACUGCCACAAAACAUGUCCCUGGCCAGCUCUUUGCCAGCAAAGAGUUCAUUUUUACUUCACUCCACACCACGCAUUUCGGCAAACAGCUCAUUUGAUGCCAAAAACUCUGGCAGUCUGAUAGGAUUGUCCCCCGAACCGCCAGCAACAGUACCAGCGAUGACUUACAUGUUUAGUCCAAAAAAGUCGCUUAGCUUCAUACGGCGCACGCAUUCCACAAAACUUUCCCGGAGCAAUUCAUUGUUGAAAAGCCUUACCUCGAGAUGUGUUGAUCAAAGUACGGCCAAUGGAAGCCUGCUAGGAGUACCGGUGAAAGAACUGGAUACCGAUCGUUUGUGUCGAAUAUUGGAACAGCCGGCAACGUUAGAGCAAAAGAUUAGAGACAUAUUUAUUUUGUACAAGGACGAGAAGGAGGAAGAAAAUGCUGUGCAUUCAGAUACAUCGUACGAAAAGGCGUGCCGUCGAGGAUCUGCACCGAAUACGCCUGUAAUGGGCCAAAAGGUGGAAUCAACAUCGAGGUUUACGAAUUUUUUCUCCAAAAGGUCCUUUCGAUCGAUUCCAUUAAAACGGACAAAAUCAGUUAUCAAGCUAGACCGUUCAAAACGCGGCCAGGGCGGAAUACGAGGAUCGAGAUCGCAUGAAAGUCUGCUGUCGAAUCAUACAGUGAUGUCUACAAUUGAUUUAUCUGGUGGCACCGGAACGAUCGAGGUAGUGCCGGUGCAUGCAUCUGUACUCGGUAGACGUCAUUGCUUUCAGGUGCGGGGAAUCGCACGCGGUGAGCGCUACUAUAGCUGUAGUACACGACAAGAACGUGAUCUAUGGAUAUACAGCUUGCGCAAAGCCAUCUCGCCCAACAAACACACCACACGACGGCUGGAUAAUUCGCUGAAAAUGUGGAUCUACGAGGCAAAAGCACUGCCACCGAAAAAGCGCUACUUUUGUGAAAUAUACCUCGACAAGACAUUGUACGGCCGAACGUCGGUGAAGCUGCGUGCGGAUCUUCUGUUUUGGGGUGAAUUUUUCGACUUUCCCGACGUGCCAGGAGCAAGCACUAUCACCGUCAACGUGUAUCGAGAGGCGGAUAAGAAAAAGAAGCGUGAUAAGCACGUGCUGGUUGGUUCGGUUGCGAUACCGAUAGAGAAAGUCACUGCCCGAACGUUUACCGAAGAUUGGUACCAAAUCGUAAUGGAGAAACAUGACAACAUUAUAAAAAGCACAUCCAAAGAACCCCCGCCAACGCUCAGAAUCAAAUGUCGUUAUCAAUCUAUUGACAUUUUGCCCUUGGAGGCGUAUCACGAGUUCCAAAGCUUUUUGAAGGGAAAUUAUAAAAAAGUGUGCGAAGUGAUCGAACCAAUUAUUGGCGUUAAAGCGAAGGAGGAUAUAGGACAGGCGUUGGUCCUUCUAAUGCAUUCCCAGGGAAUGGCUGCCGCUUUUCUGUCGGACGUUGUUGCACUGGAUUUGUUGCGAGUGGACGAUCAGCGGUUGACGUUUCGCGGUAAUUCGUUGGCCACGAAGAGCAUGGAAGCGUUCCUAAAGCUCAUUGGCGAACAAUAUUUACAGGACACGUUGUCCGUACCGAUAGCGGACAUCAUAGCAUCCGAUCGAGAUUGUGAAGUGGAUCCGACGAAGGUGAAUGGUUCAUUAUCGCGCCAACAACAAGCUCUACGAAAGGCGGUAAAAGCGGUAUGGAUCGCAAUUGCUGAAAGCAGCAGAAUUUUCCCUGUGCAAUUGCGCGACUGUUUCGCCGUGUUUCGGGAGCGACUGCAAGAUUUGAACCGUGAGGACAUGGCCGACAAUUUGAUAAGUGCCUCAAUUUUUCUACGCUUCUUGUGUCCAGCCAUACUGUCGCCAAGUUUGUUUAAUAUUACCAAUGAGUUACCAUCGGCACGUGCCACACGGAAUUUGACUCUGGUUGCAAAGACACUGCAAACGUUAGCUAACUUUACACGCUUUCAAGGGAAGGAAAAUUUUAUGGAAUUUUUAAACGAUUUUCUUGAACAAGAGGCACCAAGGAUGAAGCAAUUCCUUUACGACAUAUCCUGCACGGACUAUAGCCAAGAGGACAAUUUUCUCGAUUGGUCGGGUUGCAUUGAUCAAGGCAAACAGCUGUCCAUUUUGCAUAGCUUACUUUCUGAAAUAGUACUGAAGCUGUCGGCAGAAAAACAACGUGAAAUUCACCCACUACCAGCUAUACUGGAGUCUAUAACAAAAGCUAAGGAAACUAAUGGCACAAGCGCAUCGGUCGAAAAUCUUGACAGUGAUGGAAAAUCACCGUACACCCAUAAUCGCGAAAACUUUAUGACCAAAACCAUUAACAGUUUCCACGAUCAGCAGCUAGGUGCCGUGUCGUCAACGUUUUCAGGGCGAGAUUUGACCAUUUACAAGUACAAUGAGCGCACGACGGAUGCACAGAAUAUGCUCACCUCAAAACAAAGUCACUCAUCGAAUGGUUCAUUGCACUAUUCAACGGGAGCUUCUAAUACUUCAUUAGUUACCAAUUCAAAGCAGCUGAAUGGUGUGCCAGAUAAAAGUGGCCUCAGUUCACUAACAACGAGCAAAAGUAAUUUUAGCCACGCACAACCGCUCGGUAGUAGUAGCACAAGAAUGAACUUAGGUGGUUGCACUAGCUUGCGGACGUAUUCUAGCUCGGGAGCAACAUCGAGUGGCGUUAUGAACAAUAUAACGACACACAGUUUGAGAAGCGAAAAGGACAAAGCAAGCAUAAUACAUGGUGAUGUACGUGCAAGUACAUUGCCACGAUAUAACAACUAUACGACAAGUGUGUCCGUGGGCGAUAACGGACUUGCCGGUGGUAAGCCGGUAGCAGUAGAACGCGGUAUCAGCGACAGUUUGUCGGCCAAUGCUGCAAAUAACAAUCUCAUACAGAUCGAUAUUGAUCCGAGUAAUCCUUUCAAUCGAAAAAGUCCCACACCUUUACUAAAGAAUCUUUCCUAUUGUCAUUAUAUCGCUAACAGUAACUGGAAUCAGAAAGGCUCUCAGCAAAGUCUGCUUAGUCCUGCCUCUCACAGUGAUCAUAGCGAUUUGGAAAAAAAUGCCCUUCAUUUAGGCAUUCCGCACACUGAAACAGAUCGUGAUCCACAAUAUGCUCAAUGUACCUACACAACAGCUCCGCAGAAAGUGUCAAGCAUUGCAACGAUAUCGUCAUAUGCGCCUCGUCGAACUACGUUAACAUCGAACCCUUCAAAAAUGCCAAUGAGUCUAGAGGAUUUGGAAGAUCUGUUGAACUAUGCGGAUGAGCAAAAAGCACCUUCCACCGGCGGACCUGAAUGUGUAUCAGGUCACAGUGCCAGCAUUGUUGGAGGUGGAUGUGAGUCUGUUAGCAACGCAAAUGCGAAAACACUUCUCGUGUCUAAUGGCAGCAGCGUUUCGAUUGGCCAAAUUUCGAACAUAUGCAGUUCGGGGUACCAGAGUAUCCCGAAUCAAUCGGCAUGCUCGAGCCCCGGAGAGUUGGCUGGUCAGCAGCGAAUAGAAUAUAUUACCAACAAAGCACCACCGCCACGGAAAUUAACGACCACCAUUAUUGGCUACAACACAGGAAAUGGUAUUGAUUUAUGCUUGAACGAACUUGUAACCACCAAAGCAGAAUUGCCGACAUCCAGUAUUAACUUGCAGCUUUUUAAUGAUAGUGACCAAGCCACCUCCACUACCACCGCACACCUCACCGAUCGUCGCGAUACCGAGCAUGAAAUGCCAUAUCAACAGACCAACGUUAGUAGAAUUUUAAACAACAAUUACGUUGAUAGCUCGUAUGAUGUCAUACCAUCGUACAAAAGUCCCCUUUCUGGCCAUGCAAUGGUAAGCACCAGCCAUAACAGUCCAGCAAAGGUGAACCAUGUUCAACGCAUUGUUCAGCCAGACACUGUCGAAUAUUUUGGAACUGGGCGAUACAACCAGCAGCAGCAAACGCAUCAUAAAAGAGGCAUUAUGCACGGUAUACGUAGUUGUGGUGAUAGUAUACAGAGCGAGUCCAGCAGCGACGAACGACUCAGUAACACUACAUCAGAAAACUACAACGAUCUUGACUCACUGACGACGGCGAAUGUGUCUUCGAUAGAGCGCAAUCCCAUUUCUAUAACUCAAGGGAACGAUUAUGAGCCAAUAGCCACUGGUUUAUAUGGGCGCCGUUUAGGAAGCAAUCGUAUGCCGAGAACAAAUCCUAUGAUGCAGUACAAAAAGGAUGACAGUCCAUCGGAGGUCCUUGGUCAUGCGAUAGGUGGCAGUAACGCUGUUAGUUUUCAGAAUGGACAGCGAGAUCACAACUUCCAAAUGCGUCACCAUCGGCGACUUUCGGUUGAAUGUGCCCGGACACUGUCCGACAGCUCUACGGACGAAACCGAAAGUGGUAAUACACGGCCACCAUACAGCUCGAACCAUCACAUGCAGCCACAACAUCACGUUUCCGGCUGCAACACCGCACAACAUCACAACUUAAGAGAAAACGACACCAAAAGGCGACGAAAUACCAGCAAAUCGGUAGAACAGUGCGAGCGAGAAAUUCAACGACUUCAAGCGUCGUUGGACUCUAUGCGUCAAAAGUUAGAAAUGUCUGAACCGACGGAUGAAACCACGGACGAAACCAAGCUGGAGACCGUUGCACAGCACAGCGACAGUAAGAUUCGUAGUAUCAUCGGGAGGUUGCUUACUAUGGAAGAGGAACUGCGACAGGAACAGUACAAAAUGUCCCUGGUAUUGUCUCACAAGCAGCGGGUAAUCGAAGCACAAGGACAACAAAUCGCAGCCUUAGAUGCUGCCAACAAUCGCUUGCUAUCUGCACUAUCGACCCUGCAGAACCGAUAUGAAAGUCAAUCAAAUCAAAGUGAUGAUACAUCAUCGUCGCAUCCUAACGCGGGUGCUUCCUCUUGUUAAAUGUCCUUGGACA